AUGCAUUUUCCGGCUUUUGAUGACUUCUAUCAGAGAAUUGUGUUUCUGCUGCCGUUCGUCGCAAAUUUCAGAUCUAAUGAGUUUGAUUACAAAGCACCGGAGAGGUGGCAGGAUAAAUAUCCGCAAUGCGGUGGUUCAGACCAGUCACCAAUUGCGAUUAGCAGAAGAAAGGUGAUAUCACUGAACUUGCCCCCAUUGGUUUUCGGCCUUUAUGAUGAACUCUUUGAUGAUCUGGUGACCAUGACAAAUAAUGGACAUACAGUGGAAUUCAAGGUACCAUCUACCAUUUAUGGCGUGAGACCCUAUGUUACGGGAGGACUUUUACAAGACUGCUACGACGUUGAGGCAGUUCACUUCCAUUGGGGAUCCCCGCAAAGCAAGGGUUCUGAGCACAUACUCAACGGACGUCGGUAUGAUCUGGAAAUGCACAUAGUCCAUCGGAAUACCAAAUAUCUGACCCUUGACGAAGCCCAAAACUAUAGCGACGGAAUUACAGUAUUGGCAGUGCUCUUCAAGAUUGUGCGGACGUCUCCAACGUUCUAUCAACCUGGACUCAAUGAGGUCUUUAGUUCGCUGCUCCAUUUGGGUAAUUUUAACAGCAGCUACACUGUGCAGGAACGUUUCACCCUGGGAUCUUUGCUUGGCAACCUGGACAGAGGCAACUUCUUUACGUAUAAGGGCUCCCUAACGACGCCACCAUGCUCUCCAGUGGUUCAAUGGCAUGUAUUUGGCGAGGUGCUGCCCAUUUCGCAUCAGGAACUGCCAAAGUUUUGGCAACUCCGCGACGCCCGGGGUCUUCCGCUGCAAAAGAACUUUCGGCCACUACAGUCACAAGAAAACCGACUGAUCUUCUACCGGCAGGCUUUUGUGCCGCUCCAGCAGGAGCAAUUGCAAGAACUGAUCUGGUUAUAG